AUGUUAGUUACACGUAAAAUAUUAAUUCAACAACGUCUUAUGAGAUGGUGUGCACUUUUUUUAUCACUUGGAACAAUAAUUAUAAUAUGGCGUUAUAUUUCAAUUUUAAUUCUUGCUGUUUGGUUAUCAAGUAUAUGUCGACCAGUUCUUGAAUGGCUUGUUAAUCAUUUACCGUUAAUAAAUCGAUGCCGGGAAAAAAGUUCUCGUUCAGCAAUAGCUGCAUUUUUACUUGUUUUCUUUGGAAUUGUUGUGAUAAUACCAAUUGUUUUAAUAGUAAUUGCGUUAACUGGUUCAACACUUAAUUUUGUUGCAAGUCUGUCAAAUUCUACAACCGCUCGCAAUGCAAUAAAUCUUCUUGUACCUCCAAUAAAUAAGAAUGAUAAUAAUUCAAAAGAAUCAUCAUCAUUCAACUCUACAAAUAAUAGUUUUAUUGAUUUUAUAAAAGGUGGAAAAAAUGCUACAUUUAAUUUAUUAGAACGAUUAUUAAUUCAACGAGAUACAUUAACCGAUGUUGUACAAUUAUUUGGUGGAAAAGCUUUAUCAGUUUUAUCAACUGUUGCUGGUGCUACAGCUCAAUUCAUUAUUGGUAUAUUAAUAUUUUUGGUAUCAACAUAUACAUUUUUAUUACAAGGUGUUGAACUUUGGACGUGGACAGUGGCACAUAGUCCAUUAUCAGCUAAACAUAUGGAACGUUUUAAAGACGCUUUUCAAGAAACAGGACGUGGUCUUUUAAUUGGUGUAUGUUUAACUUGUGCUGUACAAGGUUUUGUUGCUGCUAUUGCUUAUUUAUGUUUACAAAUUCCACGUUGGUAUGCACUUGGUGUUUUAACUGGUUUUUGUUCAUUAAUUCCAAUACUUGGUACAGCUAUGGUUUGGAUUCCAAUAACAAUUGGUCUUUUUAUUCAACAAGCUUAUUUAAAAGCAGUUAUUAUGAUUAUUGUUGGAGUUUUAGCUAUUGGAUCUAUUGAUAAUUUACUUCGACCAAUGUUUUCAAAAAUUGGUUCCUUAAAUAUGUCAACAUUAUUAUUAUUAUUAACAAUUUUUGGUGGAAUAGAAUUAUUAGGAGCAUGGGGAGCUCUUCUAGGUCCAUUAGUUGUUCGAUUAGCUACUGAAGCAGUUAUUCUUGUUAAAGAAGAUGAAGAACAACAAGAACAAAAUGAUGUACCAUAA